CAACGCGUGCGUUUGCUUGUGUAAUGUCAGUGAAGUCCGCUCUGCACUGUCAUCAUUCAAAUACCACCGACCAUUGUUAACAUUUCCGAAUAGUGUCCACGAUGUUUACUUAACUCGGACUGUUCACUAUCGUGCAACGAUGUACUUGCAUACAUCACAGUGGACAAUAAUAUAUCAUUGUGAUACUAUAUUAACGUGACAGGUACAAAAUACUUGCUUUCCUUCAAAAUACUUGGUUUUCGUCCACGUUCCUAAGUGAUGAUACAAUGAUGUCAUUCAAUUAUCCUCACCCCGUUUCUAGGACAUAUCAGUAUAAAAAGAUAACGAAGCCACUCCUAGAAAGAAAAAGGCGAGCUCGAAUCAACAAGUGCCUUGACGAGUUGAAGAACCUUAUGAUAGACGCUUUAGAGACAGAAGAAGAAGACAUCAGCAAGCUGGAGAAGGCGGACAUUUUAGAGUUGACGGUCCGACAUUUACAAAGAUUACAAGGUUUGCAAUCUUUCGGAUUGUCGAACACAAUUGUCAAAAACGAUGAUAUCUCUGCUGAAAGUCGGUGGUUGUCUGGUUUUGGACACUGUGCAGCUGAAGCAUACAGAUUUCUCUCCGCUCUUCCAGGUGAAGGUGCGGAAAAGUUAGCAAGAUACUUGGCAGCUGGUCUUCAAAAGAACCGGGCAUCGAAAUCAACGCUGAAGACAAGUCCGCUUCUCCCUGUAACAGAGUCGUCCGUUGAAAACGAAAUAAUUCAAGACACCAACGAAACAUCUUUCAAUAAAAAUGCUACAGCGAAUUGCGAAAUUAACCAGGACGAAGUUGCGCCUGAUAUUCCGCUUCAAUGUAACACGGCGAUGAAUGUUGAUAACAGUGAGAAGCUAGAUUCAGAGAGUAUUCUUGAUAUGAAAUCUCUGAGGUACCAACGUGCAUUAGAAAAAGUUAAACCGGAAGUUGAGGACGAGGUCGAAGAAGAAAUUGACGUGGAGCAUAUCGAUAAACAGGAUCCUAUGUGGCGGCCUUGGUAGAUUUAUAGAAGAGUAUAUUUUACAGCGUUGUAAUUUUAACUGUACAAAAAAUUACGUGAAACAAUGGCUUUAAUUUAAAUUAAAUUCUUACGUUACUGAAGAAGAGAAGUAUCAUUUAGAAUUUCAUUUAACCAAUGGAAAAACUGAAAAAUAUACGUAUGUCCGUGUAGUUGAAGAACGUAAAAUUUCUCGGUCGAGAUUUUUUGGAAAUUUUGAACAUUCGUUGGUUUGUUUCCCGAGAAACAGGGUUUAAAAUUUUUGAUAAGGCAUUAAAUCUUUCAGUACUUAACAUCUUUCCUCGUUGAACACUGUUAUUGCAGAAAACAUAUUUCUUUUUUCAUAUGUAAAAUCAAACAUAUAGUAUUAAGUAAUUUAUCUUGUAAAAAUAUCAUUUAAUCCAGUUCACGAAUCAUGUAAUCUCAAACCCACAAGUUUAAAUAAUAAAAGACUAAUUGAAAAUGAAAUUAUAAUGCAUCAUUCUGAUGGAGAAAUAAGUUGUGUACAUUUUUAAAUAUUUAUUUUUAAGUAUCUGUACGUUAAAUUAACUUUGAAAAUGUAACGAUCGCAAGCUACAGAAUUCUAAU